CCGUUUUGGCUCACUAACCUAUACUGCUUACUGUUUCAGGCAGGUUAUCUACCGUCUUUUUUUUUAUUUUGCUUGUAUAAUAUCCUAUGUUACUGCUCAUUUUACUCAAAGAUUAGUAUCUUUGAUUGACAAAAGAAUUUGAUCCAAAAUUUCAGCGACAAUGGUGAAGAGUUUUGGGAAUUUCAGUACUGAAAGAAAAAAUGAUAAUACGCCAAUGUUUGGAAAAAUAGUGCACUGUUCUGAUCUUUUGUCACUCAGGCCCACUGCUCCAUUACCAUCCAUUACUCCACUGGUUGUUUCCGGCAAUUUCUAGUCAUUUUCAACUGAGAGAUGUUAGAAGCUUACGAUGCCAACUACGAUAAAGAACAUCCAAGAAAUCUUAUUCCAGAACUGUGCCGGCAGUUUUAUCAUCUCGGAUGGGUGACUGGUACUGGUGGCGGUAUCUCCAUAAAACACGAAGACAAGAUCUAUAUAGCUCCUUCUGGUGUACAAAAGGAACGUAUGGUACCCAAUGAUAUGUUUGUGCAAGAUAUCAAUGGUACAGAUUUGGAAUUGCCUCCAGCAGAGAAGAAACUGAACAAGUCGCAAUGCACUCCACUAUUUAUGUGUGCGUAUAUAAGAAGGCAUGCAGGUGCUGUGAUUCACACACACUCCAAGUUUGCUGUGAUGGCGACACUAUUGUGGCCUGGGAAAGAAGUCGGACUCACCCAUCUCGAAAUGAUAAAAGGCAUAUGGAAUCAAAAAGAGGGUAGAGCGUAUCGUUACGACGAGGAGUUGGUAAUACCGAUCAUAGAAAACACUCCCUUUGAGAAAGAUUUAAGAGACGAUUUAGAUAAAAUUAUUGUUCGUUACCCUGAAACUUGUGCGGUAUUGGUACGCAGGCAUGGGAUUUAUGUGUGGGGCGAUUCUUGGCAACAGGCAAAAACUAUGACAGAAUGUUACGAUUAUUUACUUGAUAUUGCAGUUCAAAUGAAACAAUGUAGAUUAGAUCCAUCAAUAACUCCAAAUGAUUAUGAAUUAAAGUAUCAAGCAAAUAGUACAAGCAAAUAGUUAUGAUAUACACAGAACUUUAUUACAAAAUUAAUAUUUCUGUUAAUUAUAAUUCUAUGAUGC